AUGGCUAAAGAAAUUCUGGUACUACUGAAGGUUAUACCACUACUCCUGUUUAUAUUAAUUGAAUGUGGGCAGAUAAACAGCCAGUCGUAUGAAAAUGCAACAGAUCUAAAAACUUCACUUUUGACAUCAUAUGAUGCUGACAUCAUUCCUUUAAACAACCAGAGUGAAGUUAUAAACAUUGGUGUCACAUUAUUACUCUACAGUCAACCGGAUGUGGACCCUAUACGUGGAUCCAUAUCAACAGCUUUGGUUCUUUCAUCAUACUGGAUUGAUGAGCGCAUCACAUGGACGCCGGCCCAGUAUAAUGGAAUUGAAAAUUUGAAUAUCAAAAGUAGUGCUGUUUGGUUACCAGCAAUUAGUAUAGCUCAAUCAAUGACAUUUGAACCUUUGUCUGGAUCAGGGAUGCGUAUAAAAUUCACCUCCGCAGGAUUUGCAGAAUUUUCUCCCGGAGAUGUUUACGAGACUUCGUGUAAAUUCAAUAUGAAAUACUGGCCUUUUGACAAGCAUGCAUGUUAUUUAACAUUCGUUUCUGUCGACUAUACCAUGGACAAGAUGAAGAUUGUUGCUAACAACAUUUCUGUUUCAACUCAAUACUAUAUUCAAAAUGGUGGAUGGUUCUUGAAAACAGACUCGAUUCAGUACAGAAUUGGUGUAAAUGAUCCGCCAACCAUAACAUACAGACUGAUUUAUGAAAGACAACCUACUUUUUAUCUUCUAACUAUCAUCAUUCCAAUGAACGGAAUUGGAGCCUUAAACUGUUUUGCUUUUCUUAUACCAACAACGGCACGCAUGGGGUUUUCUUUAACAAUUAUGCUGUCUUUAAGUGUGUUUUUGACCGUCAUCACUGAUGAAUUACCAAAACAAGCUGACCCUGCAGCAAUUAUGUGUGUUUAUAUUCUUUUUGCUACACUUUUUAGCAUGGUAUCAACUUUAAUUGUCAUUUUCAAUAACUUUCUUUAUGAAAGAGAUACGGCUAUUCCAAUCUCAUCGCCUUACAAAUUAAUAUUAAAAAUUUCCCGAAUUGGUAGAAACAAGAUAGAGAGCAAACAAGACGGUAUUGAAAACGCACAAAAAGACAAAAAGAUAACAGAACUGCAGGAAAUCAAGGAGGAAAAGAGUGAUAAUACUAUUAUUUCUGACGCAGGCGAUACUGAAAAUUUAACAUGGCAGGAAGUUGGCAAGGCAGUUGAUAAGAUAAUGUUCUGUGCAUUGUUUGUAGUGAUAACAAUUACACCCGCUAUUAUACUUAUCUGUUUGGCAGUUGUUUCAGAGCAUGAGGAAGACUCUAUUUUCUGGACUUUCUAG